AUGUCCUCACAGUUGCCAACUUAUCAGAUAUAUAUCCUGAUGUUGAUGAUGCUUCUAUUCGGAGCAACCAAUACAAUUAUUCAUAAAUUCCAGAAUGAGUUGAGAACCAAAGAUCCUAAGACUGGUGAAGACAUGAAAUACAAUCAUCCCUUCUUCCAAGCUUUGUGCAUGUUCAUUGCUGAGUUCAGCUGCCUUGUCAUUUACAAGAUCUACGAGUGGAGGCAAAACAAGAAACACGGAGGAAGGGAUAACAACCCUAGUAUCAUUGAAGCCAAGAAGCAGGGUAAAUAAAACAGAGAUCAACGUGUUCUUGUUCAUCAUCCCGGCAUGUUUUGACAUCAUGGGGUCAACACUUCAAUUCAUUGCUCUCACAAUGAUCGCAGCAAGCAUCUACCAGAUGAUGAGAGGCACUUUGGUGUUUAUCAUUGCAAUCAUGAGCAUCAUAUUCUUGGCUAGGAGGCUGUAUCGGCAUCACUGGAGUUCCCUUGCUGUCAUAUUUGUGGGGCUUGCUAUGGUAGGAGCCACCCCUCUGAUCUUCCCCGACAAAGAUGACAAUGAUGAAGAUAAUCAAGCUCUUUAUGUCAUUAUAGGGAUAUGUCUAAUAAUAUUCUCUCAGUUAUUUACAGGCUGUCAUAUGAUUACUGAAGAGAAGUUGUUCCAUAAUUACUAUCUCCAUCCUUUAAGAGUGGUAGGAUGGGAAGGACUCUGGGGAGUCCUCAUUUACACUAUUCUUUUGGUAAUCCUCCAGUUUAUCCCAUGCCAUAUCGAUAAAGUCUGCCCACACGGAACGAUUGAGGACACUCCUCAAGCCAUCAGAGAAUGGACUAGGAACGAUGGGUUAUGGAUCACAACCAUCGUAUAUGUUAUCUCAGUGGCUGCUUUUAAUUGACUCGGAGUUUCCAUUACAAAAUAUGCCAGUGCUGCUCAAAGAUCCACUAUCGACAUGAGCAGGACUGCUCUCAUCUGGGUCUUCUUCCUGAUCUACCCUGGCAAUGGACACGAAAAGUUUGAGUAUUUGGAACUGAUUGGGUUCAUCUUGCUAAUUGCUGGAACAUUGGUUUACAACGAAAUAGUGGUAAUACCAUUCCUGGGUUUCAAUAAGAACACGAAAAAGGCAAUUGCUGAAAGAGAGCCAAAAAGGGAGUCUGUUGAUUCAUAUAGAAAGGAGUUACUUACCAAUGAAGAGAAUGAUGAGGAUUCUGCAAUAUAGUACCUGUGGAUCUAAUGUAGACCUAACUUGGAUAACUACUUUUUCAACAUCU